AUUUACCCAAAUAUAAUAGAACUUGAGUAAAGCAAAAUUUAAAGAUUGAUAUUGUAAGUGGGAGCCAAAGCCAGAAGAAUCACAAGUCAGCAUCAAUGGCGUUUUCCCUCACUUCUCUCUCCAAAUCACUUUCCUCUCUCCUCCGUUCCCAACAUUCACUACCAAAUCUCCCCCAAAACCCACCAAAUUUCGCCCCGCCGGUUUCUCAAUCGGACCCCAAAUCAACAUCCAUUCGCCUUUCUUCCUGUUUUACCACACCGGCCGAUGAAACUAAUGCCAUAACAUGCCCAUCAUUAGCCUACGCCAAUACCCUUUUCUUCAAAUCGGGUCACUACAACGUCCAGGUGGUGGUGGCCGACAACGAACCGGAGGAUAAGCUGUUGGGCCGGUUCAGGAGAGCCGUGUUUAAAGCCGGUGUUAUACAGGAAUGCAAAAGGAGGAUGUUCUUUGAGAGCUCACAGGAAAAAAAGAAGCGUAAAGUAAGAGAAGCUUCUAAAAGGAACCGCAGAAGACGCCCGAAACCGAAGGAUUCGGCACAAUCUAGAGAGGAAACCAGUAAGAAGGAUGAGGAUGAAGAAGAUAAUUGGGAGCUUCCUGAAGGAGACUUGCCUUAUUAAACCAUAUUUCAUCUUAAAUUCUAUAUCAUUCAACCUAAUUUCAGGUUAUAAAUUCUUGAUUUUGGCUUAAUUGAAUUCUUUCCAGUUUUCAGGAUUUUCAUUUUAAUUUAUGUUAUUCCGAGUUUUCAUUUCCUUUUUAUGUAUAUAUCUAUGAUAAACUUGGGUACAGAUAUGAUUUUCAAAUAUAUGGAACUUAAAAGGUUAAUUUCAAUGAUCAAUUAUCCUAUUAUAGGUGAGUUGCGUCUAA